GGUGUAAAUAUGGAACAACCGAUUGCACAAUCUUUGGAUCAAAAGGUAAAAUCACACCCUGAAAUUGAUGAAGGAAAUGAUGGUCCUUCGAAUAGAGAAGAAAACAAGAUGGACGACCUUUCUGAAGACCAAAAUAUCAAUCUUGUCAGUCCUGAGGAAAUCAAAACCAAGCUGAAGAUCAUUUCAAUUUGUACCGAAGAGUUCAUCGAAUUUUCGAAGAAGACUCAUAAAGGCAAGAUCCCUAGAGAUCACUUUGCCCUAUACAAGGAGACGAGAGCCAGAGCUGGGAAGAUUCAGUCUGACCUGGAGAAAGACCCUCAAGACCAGGAUAACCUUGAACUUUCUCGCUCUUUGCUUGAAGCUGACCGUAUCUUGGCUUCGCUUAAAAAUAAUAAAUUUUAUAAAGACUUUGAAGCUGACAAAGUUUUAAAGGAUGAGAAGUUUAACAAGAGGAUUCACAAUAAAGAUACCACUUUGGACACCAUCAAAGAAGAUGAGGAGAAAGCCAAGUCAGAAGAGGAGCAUCAACUCGAAGUAGCUCUUCUUAAGUCUCAACUAAAACAAGAGCAAGACAAAUAUAAGGAUCUCAAAGAAGCUUAUGAUAAAUUAUGCAAUGAGCAAAAUCAAACAUCUGAAGAUCUUCAAGGGCAAGAGAAAGAUACACCUGCUCCUAAAGAAGAGACUAAGGAAGAUACAGCGAAUGAAGAUAUCAAAGAAGAAAUUAUAAACAGUCUCGUAAAAGAACAGGAAUUAGAAGAACCUGGAGAAAAUGAUCAACAACAGGAUUGAAGAUUAGAUGCAUUUAGCCAAGACGCCAUGGAGUCUAACCAGAAUUUAGACAAAGACCAAGAUCACAGCCAAUCUGAAUCAAAAGCUGAAGUCCAACAAGAAAGCUCGGCUACUAAAGCACCAGCUUCAGGAGAUACUUCUGCUUUAGAGAAGACUCAGAUGGAGGAGGACAAGAAUCCUGAAGCUCCUGAAGAAGAAAAGGCAAGUCUGGAAGAAGAGAAGAAAACUGAAGAAGAUUCGGAAGAAGUCUACUUAGUAUAUAUAGAAAUAACUUUCCCCAAUGGAGACUCCUACAAAGGACAAGUCAACGCUCACACUGGGGAGCAACAUGGCCAAGGGACUUAUCUGUGGAAGAGUGGGGACAAGUACAUUGGACAGUGGAAAAAUGGGAAACCAGAAGGUCAAGGGAUUAUGUAUUAUGAUGAUGGAGAUAUGUAUGAAGGAGAGUGGGUAAAUGGGAAGUUCCAUGGUACUGGAUUAUACAAGUGGAAGGACGGAGCAACUUACCAAGGAGAAUGCGCAAAUAAUAGUAUGAAUGGACAAGGAGUCUACAAAGAACCAGAUGGGUACUCCUAUGAAGGAGAGUGGGAAGAUGACAAGAGACAUGGACAGGGUGUUGCAUGUUAUUCCAGUGGAGCUAAGUAUGUUGGUCAAUUUCAGAAUGAUUUAAAGCAUGGAGAGGGAGUACUCACUUUUAAGGAUGGAAGGAUUCAUCAAGGCCACUGGGAAAAUGAUAAGCCAAAUGGUUAUGGAGUCUUUAUUGAUCCGAACACUGGGGAGAGAUGUGAAGGACAAUGGAAGGAGGGGAAAAAGCAUGGAGAGUUCACUGUUAUACUUAAAGAUGGAGAAAGAGUAACUGAAUAUUAUGAUAAUAACAAGAAGGUGUAG